UUUUUAAAUAAUGAAUGACUUUUCGACGAGAUAUCUUAACAGUCAGUAAUCUUACACCGAGCUUAAGAUAAAAUGGAGAGGGACUCCACCGGUGCUGAAGAAAAGACCGAGCCGGCUUCGCCUUUGAGGAAAGAUAUUAAUGACGACACCUGUGCAGCUGAUUCCCACACCUCCCAGACUGAGACCUGUGGUGCUACUGAUGUCGCCCGAGCCAGGUGGACUCUACUACGACAGGUGUUGCGUCAGAAGCAGGUGGACAAUCCAGAGGUCAAACAGGCAUCUGUUCGAAGGUUCGCCACGUUCGACCUCUUCAGCAGGAAAAGGCUUGUGACACAAGACCCCAGUGAUACCUCAGAUGACCAGUGGGUGGAGUACAGAAGUGUCUACUUUCCAGAAUAUAGUGCCUUACUCAGGGAUAGCCUGGGGCCUCUUAGAGUUAAUGAAGUGCUCAACAGUUUUGACAACACUGGUAAUGUCUGUGUGUGGCCGUCUGAAGAGGUGAUGGCUCAUUACUGCCUGCAGAAACAUCACAUGUUCAAGGGUGCAGUGUGUGAGUUAGGGGGAGGUAUGACUUGUCUUGCGGGGCUCAUGGUUGCCAUUUGUGCUGACGUGAAGGAAGUUCUGCUAUCAGAUGGGAACGAGAAGUCCAUUCAGAAUGUACGAGGGCUGGUCGAGAGAAACAGGCGAGCUGGAAAGUUUGGGUCAGCACAUGUAUCUGCCAGGGUGGUGAGGUGGGACUGUGAGCCUGACAUUUCGGCACUAGAGGGUCACUUUGACAUUGUCAUGUGUGCAGACUGUUUGUUUGUCGACCAGUACAGAGCCAGCCUGGUUGAUGCUAUAAGGAGAUUACUGCAACCUGACGGCAUGGCGUUGGUGUUCGCUCCACUGCGAGGUGAAACUCUGAGACUGUUUUGUCAACUGGCCCAGCAGGCUGGACUCUGCGUCUCUCAACACCAGCAGUAUGACGCUCAGGUCUGGGAUGUUCACUUAAAGAUGCAGAGAGAGGGAAAAGAAGCGUACGAUGAGAACAUCCACUAUCCUCUCCUCAUCACCCUGACCAAAGGACCUCAACCUGUCAGCCACUCUCAGUAAACCAAAACAAGUGAGCCCUCAUCUCCACACAGCACCACUCCACAUGCUUUUGGAUAUUUGAGAUGGAAUGAUGCUACAGAGUCGUGUCAACAACGUGAUCCACAUGUGAUCUAAGUGAGGGGGAAGAAUUGCACUGGAAGAGCAGUAUUAGAAUACAGUAGGGUUGCGUUUGUCUCAGUGUUUAGUUAAAUUGAGAAAGAGAGAAAAUCAAGUUGUCGGCGUUUUGAGACAUUUUUAUAUUUACAUCGGCCGCUGAGAGGAUUUCUCACCAGAUGGUGCAGAGGAUAUUUGAGUGUGCAUGUUUUAUAGUUUGAUGUGCUGCUGAAGAACAACCUCAUUUCCAAAGCAGCAGGGAUACAUUUACUGUAGCUGAGGGGAAAACAGAGAUGGAUAUAUUUAUAGCUAGUAGGUUUAACCAUGUGCCAUGUUGUAAAAAACUUCAGUCAGCCUUUUAAUCAGGUGGCCUGUCAUAACAGUAGUUGACAAGACACCUGAUCACUCCUCUACUCAUCCAUUUGGUACCUCAACUAUCCAGGAAAGUGAACCACAUUGCCACAUUGUCAGGUAACCGUCAGUACUUCACCUCACCCCGGCCAACAAACCAGUCAGUUGUUUUGUCAGUUAACUAGCUGUUCAGUCAGUCAGGGAUAUGGACAUUUCCUCAGUCAGUCGUACUGUAGGUGUUAGUUAUUCAGUCAGUUGGCCCUCUUUAACCAGUCGGUAUGAACUUCUGCCUCUGAUUUUUUUGGCCCCAGCACUGAGGCCAGCUCUUAUUCAUUAACUGUCACAGACUGUAGAGCAGCACACAGUUUCCUCUACGUUGUCUUUAUUUCUCUUUGUUCCCUUCUUCUCCCGCUUUAAGUUCCUCUAAUACAAGUCAUUCACCCAGUCAGAGGUCAGUAUUAAGAAUUUCUUUUAUGCAUUAAUUACACCAGUGCAUUAACAUAGAGACUAAUGAGCAGUUGUUGCAGCUCAGGAGCUACAGCUCGCACAGUACACAGUAACAUCGCCAUGGAUACAAGUAGUCCACACCACAUUAUAUUUUGAUUUAAUUUUACACAGCUCUGUUGGUGUUAUAAUCGCGGUUUGAACUAUUCAACAGACACUUGUUCUGACUCUAUAACCCAACCAACAUCACCUUCAACCCCUUCUCCACACGUGGUUUAUUAAAAGAGUUUGCUGCACGCUGUUAAAAAGCUCCAAGUCUGAGUCCAGCUUCAGGAAGAGCGAGUGAGUCUAAAGAGUGACAGAGAGAGAGAAUACAUGCACACAUUUAUUGACAAGUGACCCCAAUACUGUGGAAUAGUUUAAAAAAAAUCCAUGAGAUUUCUUUGCAUCUUUUUUGCUUCUUUCUUCAUUUUUUUUAUAAUGCAGACCUCUCAAUGGUUUCUUACCUCCAAUGUCCACUGGCCCUGUGACCGAAGCUUCUCGCUUCACACAUGCCAGAUCUGUUUCUGAGGCUGCUCAUGCACAUAUUGAUAAUUGAUUGAAAUUGCUUGUUUAUGUCACCUCUUCUUGCUUUUCUUUCUGCUAAUAUACACUAUUCAGAAAAUCUGAACGAGAUACAAUAAGUAAAGUGCAGCCACAAAGUAUGUUACUACAAUGACAAAAAAUGAGCUGCAAAUGUGUUUUCAGUAUGAGUGUAAAACACAAAAAAAAUUCUUCAAAACAGUUGAAAAUCAGCUGAGGAACAGAACACAACGCAGCCACAUCCAGUGGACGUCCGUAGUUAGAAUAUGAUUUCAAAUUGAUAAACUAUGUGCAAUCAUAGUUUUCUAUCAACACGGUUUUACUCAGGUCUUUUCCCUUGCAUUCAGCUGCUCCUUCUUGUUUCUUGCGAUCUUAAAACGACGCCAAGUGUCAGUGGGUCAUUCGAGCCUAAAGCUGUACCUGUCACUAUUAAGGUGUUUCCAUAUUUCACUGUGAUCCAUUGCUGUGUACAACAGCCAAGAAGCUAUGCAGUAUCUCCCAGUGGCUGCUGUUUACAUUCCUCAUGUUAAAAAAAAAUAAUCCACCUUCAAAAAUAAAAAAAAAGUAUUCCCUUUGUGUAACUACUCUGAAAAGUAAAUUAAGCCUUUUUUUAUCAGUGGUCUCAAUGCUUUGAGGACUUAAAUUGCAUUGCAAAGGUUUAGAAGUGUAUUUAAUUACAUUUUUAUCUGUAAUGCAGUUUGCUGUAUACCUUUGAUAUCUGUGGGCUAACACAUAAAAACCAUCCCAACUGUGACUGUGAGCAGCGACUUCAUCACUGUCUGGUGUGACGUCACCACCGUUAACAGUGAUGUCAUUUUACAACCAUUUUACUGUGACAUCUGCGCUGCAUUGCUGCUUCUUGCGACAUCACUGCCUCUGUUAGCGGCAAACCCCGUCACGCGGUGCGCCCACCAGCUGUUGUGAUGUCCCGUUUUCACGUGGUGAUGCCGUCACUUCCUGUUGUGAUAAUAGUGCUGUAUGCGAGGACACUUACCACUUCUCACUGUGACAUCAGCGGACAGACGAGAAUUCAGAGAAAGUCGUGAGAUCUUUGUUUGGAUUUGCUAAUAUCAAGUGAGAAAUCCAACAGUUGGUAUAGAGAAGACCACAGAGGAGCUCUGUUCCAACAGAUUUUUGACACUAUAUUGUGGGAUGUUCUAAACUAUUAUUUUGAUUAUCAAAUUUUGAAUUGUUGGUCAUUGCAGGCCAUGUCCACACUACUCCAGAUCAAUUUCUAAUUGGAUCUACUUUUUUUGGCCUUCUUUCUGCACUCAACCACCAAAACCUGAACAUGUCGAACAAGUUGAAGCUGCUUCUGUAACAUUUUGCUGUGUAGGGACAGCGGACAUUUUCAAAUAUACUGAUGUAAAAUUAGCAUGCGGUCUGGUGUGAAGCUGCGGGCUCAAUUGUUCUGUGCAUGGUCUAAUACAAUAGCUUUAAGCUUUUUAUAUUGUUUUGGAGGUUUUGGUGACAUAACAGAAGAAACUGAAAACUGUAGAUACUUCAGUGAAAUAUUUCAGUUUAUUUACUUCAGUGUGGACAUGGCCUAAUAUAGUGAGUUUCAGUCUAUUAAAUUCCCUCUGCUCCAUUGUAAUCAGCGGGUUGAAUGUUGUACUUUGCAGUGUAAGAGUGUGUGAUUCUCUUCUUUUGGUGAAUGA